GUUCGCGGUCGGCAGGACCCCACCCUGCACAUCACAUUCUUGUACAAAUACUCCAUCUUGUCCCAGCAUCGCCACAUAAUCCCAGCAGGACGCCAAACAACAAGAAGACAAAGAAAUAGUCAAGAAAAACAUCUUUAAACUCACAUUUCAUCUAAGAAUGGGAUCAAUGGGCGUUCAGAUCGUGUGCGUAGGCCUGGGGAUCCUGGGCCUAAUCGGGGCCAUAGUGUGCUGCGCCGUCCCCCGCUGGAAGGUUUCUUCCUUCACAGGCGCAGCCAUCAUCACCGCCCAGAGCCAACAGGAGGGCCUGUGGAAGUCGUGCGCUGUGCAGAGUACAGGCCAGCAGCAGUGCAAGAACUAUGACUCAUUGCUGAUCCUGGCCUCAGACCUGCAGGCGGCCCGUGCCAUGACCAUCAUCAGCUGCAUGCUGGCCGCCCUCAGCCUCUUGAUCCUGUUCUGCGGGGCCGACUUCACCACCUGCGUGGAGAACGAAGACGCCAAGCCCAAGAUCAGCCUGGUGGCCGGGGUGGGCUUGCUCCUGGCUGGUCUUGUUCUAAUCAUACCCGUCAGCUGGUCAGCACACAAGAUCAUUCAGGAGUUUAACAAUCCCCUGGUUCCCGCCUCGCAGAAGCGCGAGUUGGGAGCGUGUAUCUACGUGGGCUGGGCGGGCGGGGUCCUACUCCUCCUGGGCGGGGGGCUCCUGUGCUGCUUCAGUAGGCCCAAAUCGGGAGGCUCCGGGGGCACGGCCAAGUACUACAGCAACAGCGCCUCCGCACCCAGCAAGAACUACGUGUGAGCGGCCGGAGGUCCAUUAGCCGCUUUAGCUUUACUCCUCUGUACAUAGUCAACAAGUGACAUUAAAAUGUUUCUUUUUGUGUGGUGAGGGGAUCAAAAUUUACAUUUGGAUUUUGUUCCAAUCAAGUUAACUGUAAAAAAAAACUGCUAGCAUGUUAACAUCUGCUUACUUCUCAUCAGCGAUUGCCC